AUGACUGGCAUGACUGAGGGCUUUACUGUUGACCCUGUCGAGCAUAGAAACAGUUACGUCCGGUCGCCACUGCCAACCAGAGUCCGGAGUGCCUGCGAAAGUGCGAUCCUGUUCGGCCUUGCUCGGUGUGUGUCCGAGCCAAUGUGGAUUGCCGACCACUUCCAACUACCCGACCACGAAGGGCCACUCUGCCGAAACGGCCGGGUUCUAAAAGAAAACCUCGAACUGACCGACAUCGAUCUAAUCUGUCCCCGGCGAGCCUCACCGAAAGAUGCGCAUCCUAGGGGCGAUGAUGCUGACUUCCAUGCUGGCGGAGCGGAUAUGCCUUCGUCUCUCAACUGCGGUGAAGCCGAAUCCGCCAUAGGAAUUGCUCGAAGAAUCUGUCAACUUGGCAGCCAUAACAUUGAUGAACAAACCACAUCCGCCAUACCCGGCUACCAGGCCAGCACCGGUGGUUCCACCGCAAAUUCGGCAACAGGUCAACGGAUUCCGAUAUCUUCCGUCUUGGGCCGGCCGUUCCCUCCUAUGGAGCUUGUAUACAGUCUAUUGGAAGAUUAUUUUGAUGCCGUGCACUGGUUUUCUCUUGCUGUUUACGAGCCGAAAUUCAGAAAGAGCCUCCUUUCCAUCGCGGAUGGUUCUGCAUACCCCUCACAAAGACCGUUUCUCGUGCUGUUAGCCAUGAUGCUUGGAAUGGCAUCGUGGUACCGAUCCCAGAGGAGUUGCACAGAUCCAGCCGAUAACAGCGAUGACAUGAAGAAAUUGAGUGCAGACUUGUUGGCACUGGUUGAGUCAAACCUAGUGGAAUUGAUGGACCAACCCUCAGUCACCUCGGCGCAGACAUGCAUCCUCUUAGGCUCGCAUCACGUCUAUCACGGCCGUCCAAAUCUCUCCUUUUCUUUGUUAGGGGCGACCAUAAAGAUGUCUCAGUCUUUGGGGAUGCACCGAGGACUUCUACGGGGUGAUUUUGAAACAAUCGAGGAAAGAAAAAGAGUGUGGUGGACGAUUUACACAUGGGACAGAUUCGCGUCAAUUACCUAUGGUCGGCCACUGGGCAUCAACGACAAGGAUUGCAAUCUUGACAUGCCAGCGGAUGUGUUUGAAAACCCGCAUUUUGUUACUCCAGCCUCCGGUCAGGCUAGCCCCAUAUGCUAUUCAACUUACCAGCGGGAGUUAAACCAGCUCUACUUGAUUGCAUCGCCUGCGCUCAAGACCGUUUUCGGCUCACGUACUCUAAGGACGUCCGAACAGCUAAACGGUGACACAUAUUUUGCACUAGUCAGACACGUCACUGAGAAUCUCCAAAAAUGGCGAUCCUGCCUACCAAGUCAUUUAACUUUGGAUCUUAAUCGGGACUUCGAUCCCGAUGAUAGGCCGGGCUUGAGGGCAUACGCCCUGCAGUCUCUAUCGCUACAACUGACUUAUGACAAUGUGCUCAUCGUACUGCAUCGACCUUUGUUAGCACGGCAGGUUGAUCAUCUAUAUAAUAAGCAAUCACCGGGGGAAAGAACAGAAAACAUUAUGUACCAUCCGAGCAGCGAACCCUCCGCCCAGUCGAACUUAUCUCCCAACUCGGCAUUUCCCAAUACCCAGACCACAAGUCCCGAUCUAUGGAUGAAUGCCGCAACAAGAACAUCGAGGGUGACAGAAAUGCCGGCUCUAGCCCAGCUCGCCACCGACAGCCAUCUCUGUGCAUUUCUUGCCAUCAACCUAUUCAAUGCCGCGAUCGUGUUGGCUGUGAUGGCUCUCUCAGAGCCCCUUUCCGAUACUGCGCAGGAAGUGAAGCGAACAAUUACCCGCAUUCUUCGUUUGCAAGAUCUGCUUGGAAGACGGUCUGCACUGUCAAAACAAAGCACGGCUGUGCUGAAGAAUGUUGUCAUCAUGCUCCUCCGUCGUGAAUCGGCGGCCAUGCUUGCUCCCAUUACGGGAGCAACCCAAUCAAGCCAACUAGUGGGUCAUCAGUCUUUACAGACCCUGGCAGAUCCGUCGUUGAUUUCUGUUGAAGACACACUUCGGAUGCCGCUCGAUGCGGCAUGGGAUUCUCGCAAUCCUCUUGAUAGAGACCAACGUCUGCCGGACCUCAGCAGGGCUGAUCGCCUGAACAAUAGCUUAACAUCUGUCCAAUAUGCCUUGGGUCCAGGGGAUCGCUCUGCCGGUAUUCAUGUUGGAGAUAGCCUUCAACCUCGUGAGUUUGUUGAGCCAGGCAUACCGGCACAUGAAGUAUGGCAGCUGCCAGCAGAAUACGAUUGGAAUAUGCCUGGCCUGUCUCGGGAACCGGUGGAAAACAAUCACCAGGAUAGUGUUGAAGGCGGGUUGUAUUGGUUAUGGGACAUGACGUGGAAUGGGGUUGGAGGGUAA